AUGAUACUCAUUUACUCAAUUAAUAAUUUAGAUAUAUUUAAGGAAUUUAACUUUUACGCUGUAGGCUCGCUUGCUUAUGGAGUGUUAUAUUUAGUUUUUAUUUUUCUCCAAAUAUAUAUAAUAAAAAAUGAGCUUCUAAUUUAACCUUUUAAAUAUCUUACUGAAAAUUUAAAUUUUAAUUAUGGAUUUAGUAAGUAUUUUUGGCUAGUAACAGAAUCAAAAAAGAUAACCUAUUGUUUAUCUUUCUUGCUUAAUGAUCAUAUAUAUCUAUGGACAUAAUUUUCUGUGUGCCUUUUAAGCUUAUUUAUAAAUUUGAUAUUUAGACCUUACAAUCAUAAAAAAUUAGAUUUGUUCUAUUUGCUUAUUAGUGACAUUUUAUAAAUUUUAAUAAUGCUAAUUUUAAUACUUAUGAAUUAAAAUAGUUAAUAUAGUCAAUCUUUACAGGAUCUAAUAUUGUACCAGGAAUUAUUAAUUAAUAUUUUAUUGUUAUUAUAAAUAUUUUUCGCGAUUAUGCACUCAUUUAUUUAAAUUGAAUACACUUAUAGACAAUACUUGCAAUUUAGUUAAAGAAAAUUGAAAGAGAGUUUUAUUCAUAAAUAAAAUGGUACAAUGAUGAUCAAAAGCUGCUCAGCGGAAGAACAUAAAGUAAGAUAAGAAGGAAUUUCAGCUAGUUAAAUUGAAAGCAUAUUAAAUACUAAGACAUUUUCAAUUUCCUUUUCAAGGAAAAGAUCAAAGUAAACAUCUAUUUAUUGA